AUGCUUGAAGGCAAACAAGGAAGAAACAAGAGCAAAGAAAGCUUACGAACAAGUUUCAUCUAUCUGCAGCAUGACGAUGACGGCAAGCAGAAGGAAGCAGAAGCAGCAUGUGCUAGAGUUUUUUGUUUUUGGGGUGGAGACGGAAAGGAGAAGGAAAACGAGCCUCAAAAUAUUAAUGUUUCUGUAUGGCAAGCUGAGUUGUGCGAUGGAAAAAUAGAGAUAUCAUUAUACAAUAUAACUUUACGACUUCGUAGAUAUUUACAUGAUUCGAAAGGAACACGCGUCACAUAA